UCCAUCCGGCCAUGAUCGAUAUGCUAACCAGCUGGGUUUCUACUGCAGCGGCCCUGGUGCUGCUGAUCUCGGUGCCGGCUGCCGUCUCCGGCGAUCUGCCGAUGAUGAUAGGGCUGCCGGCCUGCAGCACCACCUGCGGUAACGUGAGUGUGCCGUACCCGUUCGGCAUGGGCCCUCGUCGCUGCUACCACUCCCCGGGGUUCAACCUCACCUGCGACUACCCAAGCAAUGGCAAGCCCCCGCGGCUGCUUCUCGGCGACGGCGCAUUCGAGGUCAUCCAUAUCUCCCUCGAAAACAACACAAUGCGCGUCGCUAGCCUCGGACUGCAAGACAUCAACGUGAGCGACUCCGGCGGCCGGUACAGCUGGAGCCUCGGUGGGGUGCCACUGCCGUUCAUCCUCGAGCAGUUCAGCAACGAGUUCAUCCUCUCUGGGUGCAAUGUGCAGGCGACGCUGCUGGCGAACGGGAGCAUCGUCAGUGGAUGCGCCUCUUUCUGCGCACUCACCGUGGAGACGCAGAUCUUGGGGCUGUACGAGCACGACGGCAGUAAGACCUGUUCCAACAUCGGCUGCUGCCAGUCGUCUAUCCUAAUGGGUUACGAGGCCUACGACGUUGAGCUCAAACGGCUAGACCGAGGCCUGCCGGUAGAGAACCUGAUGAAUAGCGGCGUGGACGUGCUGAUCGCCGAGGCGGGUUGGUUUGACGAGAAACUGGCCAUGGAUCUGCAUUCCCCAAACCUAGAGUUUGUCUCGCGGAGGAAGACCGGUCUGCUGGUCCCCGUGAUACUACACUGGGCGGUGCCGCAUGGUGAAGCAUUCACUGACUACGACAAGCGACCAUGCCCUGCCGACGCAGCCCGGGCCACCUGCAAGAGCGUUAACAGCCAGUGCAGAUACGUGGGACAAUCUACGCUCAGAGGGUAUUCGUGCCAGUGCAAGGAGGGCUACGACGGCAACCCUUACAUCACCGCCGGAUGUCAAGAUAUCAACGAGUGUGAUCGGAAAGAAGAACAUAGGUGCUUCGGCGACUGUGAGGAAUUGCCCGGGACAUUCCGGUGCAGAUGCCCCGAAGGGUUCCAAGGCAACUACACCAUACCCGGCGGCUGCUUCAAGUCCGUGAACCCAGGUCACUCUGGUUUAAUCAUUGGUCUGUCGGUUGCUAGUGGCCCAUGCAUGCUAGUUUUGGUUCUUGGCACACUCCUAAUAAUCCGCGAACUUAAGCAACGCAAGGCAAAGGCAUUGAGACGGAAGUUCUUCACUCAAAACCGAGGUCAACUGUUGAAGCAGUUGGUAUCUCAUAGGUCAGACAUCGCAGAGAGGAUGGUAAUUCCGUUAGAGGAGCUACAAAAGGCCACCAACAAUUUUGAUCAAACUCGCAGGCUCGGUGGGGGAGGGCAUGGCACUGUCUACAAAGGGAUAUUAUCAGACUUGCAUGUUGUAGCUAUCAAGAAGUCAAAUAUUGUGGUCAAGAGAGAAAUCGACGAAUUUAUAAAUGAGGUUGCCAUACUGUCGCAAAUUAACCAUAGGAAUAUUGUAAAGCUCCAUGGAUGCUGUCUUGAGUCAGAAGUCCCCUUACUGGCCUAUGAGUUCAUCUCCAAUGGGACCCUUAGUGACCACCUUCACACGGAAGCACCAAGAUCACUACCUUGGGAAGAAAGGUUAAGGAUCACAACUGAAAUAGGCAAAGCUCUUGCUUACCUCCAUUCUGCUGUUACAAUCCCUGUAAUACAUAGAGAUAUCAAGCCUUGCAACAUACUUCUAGACGAUGCCUUGACAGCAAAAGUGUCAGACUUCGGAGCUUCAAGGUACAUUCUUGUGGAUCAAACAGGGGUAGUGGCAACAACUGCGGUGCAAGGAACUAUAGGUUACUUAGAUCCUAUGUACUAUUACACAGGACAACUAACGGAAAGUAGCGAUGUUUAUAGCUUUGGAGUUCUCAUCGUUGAAUUGCUUACUAGGAGGAAGCCAUCUUUGUAUAUAUCUUCAGAAGGCGAUGGGCUUGUCAUGCAAUUUGUUACACUACUUGCAGAAGGCAAUCUUGCAAAAAUAUUGGAUCCUCAAGUUGUGGAGGAGGGAGGUAACGAAGUCAAAGAAGUAGCUACUCUAGCUAUGUCGUGCUUGAAAUUGAGAACACAUGAGCGACCAACCAUGAGACAAGUGGAGAUGGCAUUGGAGGCUCUCCAAACACCCAAAGAAGUAUGUAAUGGCUCCUCAGUGAUUUGAAGACAUAAAAAAGAUGAGGACAGAUAAUCGGAGGAACAAGCAGGAAGGAAGCGAGCAGGCGACAAAGCCUAGGAAAAGGGCUUGUGUUAUCCGCGAGAUUCCAUCGGUCGUUUUGCUUGAUUGUGACUAAGUUUUGAUUUAUGCUGCAAUCCUGCUAUUGUUGUUAGUUGUUCAAUUGCUGAAUCAGUUUGUAUCUUGUAUGAAUUUUCUUUUGUAUAUCUCUUUUGUAUUAUUUAUAUAACUAGCCACGUGGCACUC